UUCCUAAUAUUAUUUUUGUUAAUUAGGUAAACUAAAAAUAUUUCAUAUAAUUUAUACAAAAAUUUUAACACAAUGUAUGAUGUGAUUUUUUUCGAAAAGCUUUUUGUUAUGUUGAUAACAAUUUGUCAUAUGUUUAAUGGUCAAACGCUAAAAAACGAUUUUGAAGACAAUUUAAUUUGUGGACUUUCUAAGAAACAAAUACAUGAAGCAAUGUUUUAUUCUAAUAAAUAUUCUUUGAAAGGUAUUGCUAAAAAUUCAGAGUGCUUGGAAGAACAAAACAUUGGUAACGAUCACUGUUUAACAGAACAAUACAAAUUGAUUGAAUGUCUUCAGAAAGAAUACUUUUUGGCCAAAGAACAAGGGAAUGAGAUAACUGAAACUAAUUUAGCGAAAAAAGACAAAAAACUCCAAGAUAUAAUUAAGAAACGUAGCUUACAAAAUAUUAUUGAAGGAAAUGAAUCAUUGGAUAUCAUGGCUAGAGACUAUGAAGAAAUAAUUGUACAACAUUUGCAAUCUAUUGACAAUUUGAUGAAAAAAACAAUUUGUGUUGACGAUAUAAACAAAGCGUUGACCAACACUAAAGUUGAACUAACUACAGUACUACAACGGCAGAUAUUGAAUAAUAACAUUGAUAAAAUAAGUAGACUCGGCAUAUAUUACAAUUGAUAAUACUGUGCAGGUGUAUAGAAUACAUUGGUAGAUUCACCUAAAUACCUAAUAGUUAUAGGUACCUAAUACUUGUCUAAUAAUAUGAAUUCAACAUAUUUAGAAACAUGAAAUUAAAUAAAUAUACUCUUUA